GUUGUCUUUUUGAUCACUCAAGAAGAAAACAACAAGACAGCAGAUGUUUUCAUCAUUCUUCACACCAAGUUUCGUCCAAGUCUGAUUCGAUGUUCUCCUCUAGCUUUCUCAGAUUGAUUCUUUUACUCUGUCUCCUCUCUUCUUCCUUCUCCUCCACCGCUUCUUCCUCCAAUUCCACUGCUGCUGAUCAAACUCUCCGGCCACAAGAAGAGCUCCAGAAGCUAAAACUGAUUAGACAAGAGCUCGACAAGAUCAACAAGCCGGCUGUGAAAACUAUUCAGGCAAUUUCUCUAUUCAUUGUUGUCAAUUUGAUUAAUAGCCCAGAUGGAGAUGUAAUAGAUUGUGUUUCUACUCAUCAACAACCAGCUUUCGAUCAUCCUCUCUUACAAGGACAGAGACCAAUGGAUCCGCCUGAGAUCCCCGAAGGUUAUAACAAAGAUGAUGAGUCGUAUGAAGAAGAUUCCCAGCUGUGGAGUUUAUCCGGUGAGUCUUGUCCGGAAGGUACUAUUCCGAUAAGAAGAACAACGGAACAAGACAUGUUAAGAGCAAGUUCUAUCAGUAGAUUUGGUCGGAAAAUCAGGCGCGUGAGGAGAGAUUCCACUAAUAACGGACACGAACAUGCGGUGGGAUAUGUAACGGGGAGACAAUACUACGGAGCAAAAGCAAGUAUUAACGUGUGGUCGCCACGUGUUACGAGCCAAUACGAAUUUAGUCUUUCUCAGAUUUGGGUUAUUGCCGGUUCGUUCACACACGAUCUUAAUACUAUCGAAGCCGGUUGGCAAAUUAGCCCAGAGUUGUACGGCGAUACUUACCCAAGAUUCUUUACCUAUUGGACGUCCGAUGCGUAUCGAACAACGGGUUGCUACAAUUUGUUGUGUUCCGGUUUCGUUCAAACCAACCGUCGAAUCGCGAUAGGAGCUGCGAUUUCUCCUAGAUCUUCGUAUAAAGGUGCGUUAGUCGGAUAUUGGCCUGCGUUUCUAUUCACGCAUCUAAAGCAACAUGGGAGCAUGGUCCAAUUCGGUGGCGAGAUUGUGAACAACCGACCCGGUGGUUCACACACUACGACCCAAAUGGGAAGUGGUCAUUUUGCCGGUGAAGGUUUUGGUAAAGCAUCUUAUUUCCGGAAUCUCCAAAUCGUUGAUUGGGACAAUACUCUGAUUCCCGUUUCGAAUCUAAAGAUUCUCGCAGACCAUCCCAAUUGUUAUGAUAUAAGAGGUGGGACGAAUCGUGUGUGGGGUAACUAUUUUUAUUAUGGAGGUCCAGGAAAAAACCCUAGAUGUCCAUGAAGUAUCAAGAAAACAAAAGAAAAAAAGGUUAUUGAUUAUUAUUCUUACAUGUAGUGCAAAUGAAUUUUGGGAUUAAGG